GCCCGCAGAUACGGAGUGCCAACAUAGGCCUAUUAUUGACAAUAUUGUAUAUAUGUUCUCAGCAGAAUACCUACAUAUAGUACAUUGUAUAUUUUUCUGUGAUAGUCAACGAAAUUCGGCUUUGUACCGAAACACCGACUCAGCAAUUAAUACUAAGGAGUAAGGUUUUUAUAGGGAAUCGAAGAAUUCUUGGUAUGGAAUCGGGGCAUAGAUGUGCCUAACAUCCCCUAAGUGAUAUGGAUCAAGUAAGAAAUCUACAUUGGCGUAGAGAAGGCUACCGCCCAGUUGAAACAGAUGUUCCUGAAUUGGAGACCUCCUCUCCAAAUCUCAUCCACGAACUUAAGCAUGUGGCCAGCGAAUUUCGCCACAAGGUUGAGGAAGUCAAGCAAGUGGUAUCGCUGAAGAGAGAACUGGGCUUAGUCAGUGCCAUGUCCUAUGUAGUGGGAUCUAUAAUUGGUUCAGGCAUCUUUAUUUCCCCUAAAGGCGUCCUUGAGCAUACUGGAUCAUCAGGCUUUUCCCUCAUAGUAUGGAGCUUGUGUGGACUUCUAGCACUACUAGGCGGAUUGCUGUAUGCUGAACUCGCUAGCACCAUACCAAAGUCCGGUGGUAUUUACACGUAUAUGAAUGAAUUCUUUGGCCCUCUAGUGGCUUUCGUGAGUUUAUGGUCUAUGUUUCUAGGCAGCCCAGCAAGUAACGCAGUGUUAGCUCAGACUGGUGCUACAUACGUUUUACAACUAUUUUAUGGAGGAUGCAAACCACCAGGAUUAUCUGAGCAAUUGCUAGCUCUGUUGUUCAUAGCAUCUGUAUUCUACUUCAACUACAUAGGCGUGCGAUCAGGAGCAACAUUUCAAGUGGUGACCACUGUUGGCAAAGUGCUUGCCUUAGCAGUGAUUAUAUGUGUGGGGUUUUUUCACCUCAUAAAAGGUGAAACACAAAACAUCACAAUGGAAGGAUCACGAUUUAACCUUGGGGAUUUGUCUCUGGCCUUCUACAUUGGCAUGUUUGCAUAUUCUGGAUGGGAAGUGGUUGUUACUGCUGUUGAAGAGAUUGAGAACCCAGCAAAGAUUGUAACUCAAGCACUCAUUUAUGGCGUGCUGGCAUGUGUUACUGUCUACAUUCUUACGAAUGUUGCCUACUACAGUGUCAUGUCCACACAAGAGCUUCUGGCUGCACCCGCAGUAGCCGUGCUCUUUGGUAAGAAGACCAUGGGAGUCAUGCAUUGGAUCAUUCCUCUGUUUGUCAGUGUGUCAGUUAUUGGAGGCAUAAAUUCAUCUGUAAUGUCCAUGUCCAGGUAUGCUUAUGCAUCCAGCAGAGAAGGACACAUGCCACGCUUCCUCUCUUUGAUCAAUGUGGACAAGCUGACCAUGAAACCUGCCAUUUUUUUCUCGGGCCUGUUGUCAUCGCUUUAUGUUUUCGUGUCAGGAGUAUACCAGCUCAUCACAUAUCUACAGUUUUUGUUUUGGUUAAACAAUUUGCUGCUGGUUUCUGGAGUUUUGUGGUGGCGCUACAAAUACCCUGAAAAGAAUCGGCCAGUAAAGUUUCCAAUCAUCUUGCAUAUAAUACUGUUUGUGCUGAGUGCGUUACUGCUUGUGAUGCCAUUUUGGACACAGCCAAAGAUGUGUCUAUAUGGAUUGUUCCUAGCAGCUAUGUCACUACCCUGCUAUGCUGUCUUUAUAAUGGAGAGCAAGUGCCGGCCUGCAGCCUUCAAGGCCCUAGACAACUUCAACGAGUGGUUAAACAUGUGCAUGCAGUUGAUCUUUGCGGCAACAUACGAAGAUGAGGAUGUUUCGAAUGAGAUGCACACCAGCAUGGGCACUCAUCCAGAUGAAAUCCACAUGGAGCACCUAAAUUGAGGAAGAAGUGGCUAUUUUUGUAUCAGUGUAAUGUUUUUUAAAAUCAAUGUGAGAAUGUUAUAACCACGGUGUAGUAUUUUUUCUUAGGGAUAUAUUAGGUGAUGAUGGGUGUAACGUUUAUACCAGUCUUUAUAAAGCAUUUAAUACUCAUCGGAGAAUGUAGAGUUGUAGACAAUGAAGAUAGAUGAAAGAUUGCUUACAAUGUAAAGAAAAAUAAACAAUAUAUAUCUGUGUGGUUGGUAUGAUUAGAUUCUUGAUCUACAUGGAAAAGUGUGCCUAGCACGAUUUAUAUAGUUUUACAUACACAUGUUUACCCAAUGAAGUAUCUUAUUUAUUAACAAACUAUCUUUACAAAUUA